UUCACAUAAAAUUAAGAUUCUGCUUUUUCUAAAAAAAAUUUCACAGGUGAUUAGACUACAGGAACAACUGGUCAAGGUGAAGAAUGCUCGGGCAAAUAAUGAGAUCAGGACAGAGCUCGGGGAAUUAACUCUCAUAGAAAUGGAUCUGGCUAACUUUGAGAACAAGGUUAUUGAACUUGGGAUGCGGCUUAAUGUACAACUCGAGCGCAAAGCUCGAUCUACUUUGACUCAACCGACAUCAAACCAUGAAAGAAAAUCGAAGAGUAAGGUAGAGACUGAAGUUGUGCAGACAUCACAAUUUGAAAGGUCAACGAGCAAGGACACUCACCUCAGUAAAGCAGAGACUGUCAAUGAGAGGAAGUCAGAGAGCAAACAUCCACCUUCUGGUUUAAAGAAAUCUGGUUCAAAGGGAGAGGUUCGCCGAAGUCAAGAACUACCGCGCAACCCCGAUAGAGGAAAAGGAUCCGAGCUAAACCAAACACAUCCAUCCCCUGUGCCAAACCAAGAGAAGCCUAGAGGGUUGGACAGUUCCCAGUCACUACAGAUCCCGGAAAGAAGCAGCAGCAAAGGUAAAUCACAUCAAAGUUCUGAGAAAUUAAGAAAAUCAGAUAGUCAGCCAAGCCGGAGUCCAACUCCGAAACACCUGGAAAGAGGAAUAUCAGAAAGCCAUCUCCAUAAUCAGUCUUAUAAUGUGGAUAAGGGUCGAUGAUUAUGAGACCAGCCAGUUGUUUUGUUAUGCAAUAAAUUCCAGAUAUGUGUCUUAAGCAAUCAGUAAGCACUUCCCCCCUUCUCCAUGUGUGACAUUGCUAUGUCUUCAACAAGGUUUUGUGUAGUUUUGCUAAGUUUUACUUAUUUGGUAGGAUUGGCGCAAUAGUCCAUGUUCAUAGGAGAGAAGCAGAGUCCAUUAUAACUGAAAAUGAAGGAUGUGCAAGGCAUAGUUCAACAGUCCCCCAUUGACAUAUAUAUAUAAGCCAA